AUGGGACAGUGGUUCCUUUCUCGUCAUCGAGAAGCAUAUGUUGUGACAACUCCAUUGACACCGAAGAGAGAGGAAAUCUUAAGAAAAAGAUGGGAUGAAGUUGGUUCAUUGAUAACACUCCAAUUAAAUGAGAAUGAGUACAAUGUAAUGUGCGGAGAAUUCGAUGCAAUAGUGAAUUUAAGGUCAAAAAGUUGUACGUGCAAAAUUUUUGAUAUCGAGAAGCUUCCGUGUGUUCAUGCCAUAGCAGCAGCAGGAAAGUCCCAACCUCAAAAUACUGGGGAACUUAUAUAUUCGAUGUGUUCAAAAUUCUACACUUCGGAAUAUUGGUUGUUAGCAUAUGCUGAAACGAUCUAUCCUGUUCCUCCAAACUCACAGUGGACCAACAUUCCUGAAGAUGUUACUGCAAUACAAGUGAUAACACCACCUGAAGACAAGACUAAAGGGCGACCAAAAAUCAACCUCAUACCUUCCCAAGGUGAAGUUUCUAAGAGACAAUAUAAUUGUGGGGCAUGUGGGCAAUCAGGACAUAAUGCGCAGAAGUGUCCAAGUCGUCAAGCGCCAUCAGAUGUUAGAAGCACAACUAAUAUGUGA